GCAGUCCCUUUCAUUGGUUACACUUGGCCAUUGUUAGGUGUUGUGUCGUAGCGUGUCAAGUUUUUGGCGCCGUUGCCGGGGACUUUCUAGAUUAUUAGGAAAGGCAGAAGUUUGUUACUUUAGCAUUAUUUUUCCCACCCUUGCUUUUCACUUGGGCGUUUUUGUUUUUGUUGGUGUAUAUCUGAAUCAUGGAUCCUAAUGGCUUCUCCAACCAAUGGGGGUAUCCACCACCAUCUGAGUGAUAUUAUCCUGAGACUUCCUGGAGCAAUCAAGGAGGAGAAGACUAUGGAUUCGGGUUCCAGUAUCAAUCCCCUUACUACAGAGAACAAUCAGUCCCCUAGGCAUAUCAGAACAACCUCCUUAUCAAGAAGAAUUCCUCCCACAACCAGAAGGGCCAUCAGAUCUUGAUUUAGCCACAGCCCUCACGGGCCAUCCGGUAGAGCCAUGCUAUACUCCGCAGCCAGACCAAACUAUCACUUGAGGCUUCUCGUGGAGCAGAUUGCUCGAGUACCUGAGAGAUCCUUUCCCGAGAUGGAUCCUCAUAUCCAGGAAAUUGCCCAAAUUGACUUCUCCUUUCCCCGUGAAACUGAGGAUACCCUUCGGAGCAUAAAGAAGCACAUAGAGGUCAUUGAGAAAGCUUGUUCACAGUUUUCUCAAGACAACCUUUAUGCUGCUAUACAAGUAGAGGAGGAGGAAGAAGAAGGCAAUCAUGAGGAUGUUGAGGAGCAUACAGAAGUUGUCACAGAAAGCUCCAAUGAUAAUCAUGAUCAAGUGUAUCCUCUAGUGGUAGAUCACAACUUUCCCCAUUUCUGCUCUGACAUGCUAGGCCCGAGCAAGGAGAUGCAAGCUGAACUUAUUGAGAACCUUGCAUGGCGACUUUCUCUCCAAUCUAUUAUGGAAGAAGAAGAGAGAGAAAGGGUGAGGAAAGAAGUUGUGGAGGAUGAGGAAGAAAGCAAAGAAGAGGUAGUUCUUGAUCUUUUCCAAGGAGAGAGACCACAUUUUGAAGAAGGAAGGGGGGUUGAAGAAGCAAGUGGUGCCCAGGUUGAGGAUGAAGUUGAGGUAGAAGAGGCUUGCACCGACCAUGAGUUACAUGUGAUAUCUCCACAAAACUUUGAGGAGCUGCUUGGCAAAGACCCAUUUGCAGUGUCUCUUUGCCAGACCAAGGCCACAUCGACAUCGGUCCCUCUUGGUGGACACGAUGGUGGUCAGUCGAUGCUGUCAUAUCUGGUUUGGGGCAAUGAGACGAGUGAGGAAGAAAAGAAGAGGUCUUGUAGGUGGAGACUUCAUAUUAAUCAAGUACACGAGCCUACAUCACUUGUCAUACCACCUACUUGUGACUUGAGACUCCACAUCAUCGACGAGAACCUCAACUUCAAGGAGGUUCUAGCAUGGACCGAAACUUAGGAGCCACUGUCCGGCUCACGACGGUAAAGAAGCGCUUGUGAGGAGGCAACCCCACCAAGGUUUGUUUUCCUUUCGUUUGUUUUCGGUUUGUCCACUUGGAACUAUGGUUUCUAUCACCCAGUGUGUUUUGAUGAAUCUAGCCCUACUGACUGGUCUGAUUUACAGUCCCCCGACAGUCCGUAUUCCCAAUAACAUUGUUUCCCCUUA